AUGCUUAUUAAAAGCGAUAGAGAAGCUGCCUGCCCAGGAAGCGCUGGAGAAGUUGCCUGCCCAGGAAGCGCUGUAGGAAAUGCCUGCCGAGGACGCGCCGGAGGAGCAGCCUGCCCAGGACGUGCCAGAGGAACUGUUGUGUGCAAGAACACCCUGGAGGAGCUGCCCGCCCAGGACGCGCCGGAGGAGGUACCUGCUGAGGACGCGCCGGAGGAGCUGCCUGCCGAGGAUACUCCGGAGGAGCUGUCUCCCGAGCUGCCGUCCGAGGACGUGUCGGAGGAGGAGCUGCCGUCCGAGGACACGCUUGAGAAGCUGCCGUCCGAGGACGUGCCGGAGGAGGAGCUUCCGUCCAAGGACAUGCUUGAGGAGCUGCCGUCCGAGGAUGUGCCGGAGGAGGAGCUGCCGUCCGAGGACGUGCCGGAGGAGGAGCUGCCGUCCGAGGACAUGCUUGAGGAACUGCCGUCCGAGGACGUGCCGGAGGAGGAGCUGCCGUCCGAGGACGUGCCGGAGGAGCUGCUUGCCAAGGAGAAGCCAGAGAAGCUGCCGUUGUAG